AUGCUUCUAGGUAUAACAUUAUCUUCAACCGCUUCCGAUUCAUCUAUUCAUCAUACAUUAACUGCUGAUCAUCAAUUUCAUCCAAUUGAACAAUAUGCUUAUGAUAAUGGUAAAUCAGAUAAAUCUCAUGUUUCAUUCAAUGCUAAAUUGAUUCAUCAAUCGAAUGAUGCAUAUUUUCGAUCAACAUGCUGUAAACAAUUAAGAGGUGUUGCAGAAGAAGAAGAACACCAUGUUAAUAAUAAUAAUAAUAAUUUAACAUCCAUAAAUGAUACAGAUCAUAAACGUAUUUGUCAGACACGACGUCAUCCAGAUAUUCAAUAUGUAUCAGAUAAUAGUAGUAGUAGUAAUAAUAAUAAUAAUAAUAAUAAUCAUUUUAUGCAUACCGAAUUACCAACACAUGAAUUACAUAUUAUGCCAGCUAAACGACCUUAUACAUGUUCCACAGAAUUACAAUCAUCCAAUGGAUUGGAUACAACAGUUUGUCAAAUGAAAAUGUGCACAUCGCAUAUGGAUAACAUUAGCGGUGGUACUAUGGAGAAGACAAACAUUGAUUCCAUCAUCGAUGAUGAUACAUCAUUGAAACAUCAUAAAAGUUGGAAAAUUCAUUCUAGCGUUUAUAAUAAUCCUCAUGGUUUAGAACAAUCGGUGAAUAAUAAAUCUAUUUAUCCAUAUGUAUCCAGUAAUAGCACUACUAAUACAAUAACAACCGAUUCAAAAUAUUCCAAACAUGUCAAUCCAUCAUUACAUAAUAUUCAUUUUAAUCAAAAUAAUUAUUCCUUUGAUAAUAAUAGUAGUAAUAGUAGUAGUACACAUUUAAAUAAUUUACCUUUACAUCAAACAGAAUCACAUCGACCUGGAUUUGUCAAUAGGUUAUCGGUAAGUGAAAGAGUAAUUAGUAGUAGUAGUAGUGGCACAACAAGUGGUGGUGUUGUUGUCGGUGGUGGCGGCAGCAGUGGAAGUAUUCAGGAUGGUACUACAAGAAAUGAUGUAUUUCUUCGUAAUACUAAUAGUAAUAAUAAUGAUUUGGAUGAAUAUUUACAACUACCAAAUUUAAUCUGUAAAGCGGAUGAAUCUAACAGUCAUUUUGCUGGACGACGUGAUAGUUGUACUAUGACUGCAGAAAUACUUUCCACUUUAGCUAGUUUUCGAGAUGAAAUCGGCGAAUGUUCUGAUGGAAAAAUUCAUUCAGAUAUUACUACUGCUACUACUACUACCACUACCACUAUUACUGCUGCUUCUGCUAUCGUUCCUGUUGGUUCUGGUCUUGGUUCUCAUUGUGCAAAUAUAUCAAAUCGUCCCGGUGUAUAUACUACUCAUCUACUUAAGGAUGAUACCAGUGCUCAUAAAAAUAUUAUCAAACAGACAACUACUCAUAUACACAAUAGUAUGCUAUCUUCUGAUUCGUCAAUGCCUUGUACUAAUACUACUUCUACUAGUACUUUUGCUAGUAGUAGUAAUAGCAGUACUACUAAUACUACUACUACUACUACUACCAUUGAUCAAUGUCGACUUCAAAGUACACCUUUCGUUCAAACUCAUCACCAUCAUCAUCAUCAUCAUCAUCCUCAUCAUCAUCUUGGGGCUGGCAAUAGUGGAUUAUGCACAAAUUCCUCGGUACCAACUGUUUAUUCAUCGUGUUUACAUCAUGUCGGUGAUAAAAUUGGCAUAUCUAUGUCUCCGAAUGAUUAUCGUCUGUUAACAGAUCCUAGAUUGAUCAAUUAUGUCACGGAUAAAGAGACUGAAGCCAAGCUUAUCAAUCAAUAAUUAUAACACACACACACAGUCAGUAUUAAGCAGUCGUAGUCUCAUUCUUGACAUCUAUUGGUAUUGCAUUAGCCCGGUGUAAGAAUGUGUGUGUGUGUGUGUGUGGUUGAUUCUGCCCAAUGUGUGUGUGUGGUGUGUGUGUGCGUGUGCAUGUGCAAAAAUCGACAAUAACAACACACCAACCACAGUAACAACAAAUCAUCGUUUUUAUUUUUUUUUUGCCAUGACCAACUUGCGUCAAGAUGAAUUUAGCCUUCAUAUCAUGCAUAUAUAUAAUUGUUGACAAGAAAAAAAAUUAACCACAAAACAAAAAUAACCUGCCCUAUAGCAUCAAUUCCCAGUUGUUUUUUUUGUCUUGUUCCUACUUGUUUUAAGCAUACAUACAUAAAUAGAAGAUGUUAUUAAUUAUUUACUAACUGACUUACUUACAUUAGUACUGAUCAUUUUUUUGUGAU